AUGACAUGCGUCGACCCGCGAAAAAUUCUAGAAAGUCUCGGUCUGGCAGGUCCAACAAAGGCCCCUGCAGAAGCAGCUGAUGCUGAUGACGAUGAUGAUGAUGAUUGGGAGGAGGGAGGUGAUGAUGACUCUUCAGAAGCUGAUGACGAUGGACGAGUUUAUAAAAAUCCAAGGAAUUCACCAUCACCUGAUUGUCCAAGGGAUGAGGAACAAGCUACCUUACUAGGUCAGAAAUGUCUUCGAAAAUGUUCUUCAGACGAGGAUUGCAAGUCUAAGAAGAAGAAAUGUUUGUGUGAUGGAGCGUGUGGCAUGUCUUGCAUCAAACCAGAUCGCGAGUGUCCUGAACUCGAGCAGCCUGCCUUGGGCGAAGUGUCUCUCUCGGGGCGUCUGUUUGGGGCGCGCGCCACUUACUCGUGCCCCCACGGCUAUCACGUCGUCGGUUUGCAGAGCCGGGCUUGCCAGGCGGACGGGCAAUGGGCCGGCAAACCGCCGGCUUGCAAGCAAAACAUUUAUUGCCUGACGCCUCCUACAAUCGAGCACGCUCGUCAUUCUGCUCUGCCUGAGCAGGCCACCUUCGACCUGGACUCCACCGUGCAGUACCAUUGCCACAUGGGCUACGCCACCAACGGAUUUCCGCGCGCCAAGUGUUUGGCGAUAGACGGAAAAGCGUCCUGGUACGGUCCCGACAUCUCUUGCGAACCAAGGACUUGCGGACCGCCCGCCGACCCAGCGCACGGCUGGCACGCGGGGGAGUGCUACACGUACGGCUGCCGGGUCAUCUACCACUGCGCGGAAGGGUUCGAAUUAGUCGGCAAAGAGGAGAGAUUCUGCCAGGCCGACGGUUCUUGGGCCCCCAAAGACCUGCCGAUGUGCGUCUUGGUUACUGCGGUGCAAUGUGCUCCGCCUGAAUCUCCCAGAAAUGGAAAAGCUGUAUACACUUCUUGCGCCUACAAUUCCGUUGUGAGUUACGAAUGCAAGUACGGAUACACUCUUGUUGGUGAGGGAUCCAGGCGAUGUGGGGCCGACAAAAAGUGGUCUGGGAUAUUACCACAAUGUAAAGAAAUUAAUUGCGGCCACCCAGGCAAUUUGCACAACGGCUGGAUCGAAAAUAUCGAAGCCGGUACUGGUUUGGGUGCGAGCGUUAUAUUUCGUUGUCACGAAAACAUGUUACUGCAAGGACACACUUCAUCUGUCUGUCAAAUAGAUGGGAAAUGGCGAUACCCUCUGCCACAAUGCCUAGCCCCGUGUGUAGUUCCUCAAGUUGACCAAGGGAGAGUAGUCUUAUCCAUAGCAGAUAAUGUUACAACUGCGGUUAGCACUGAUUCAACAGUUAGUUCUUCAAUUGUGGUGUCCCAUGGGGAAGGCCUAACUGUAGAAUGUGAUGCUAAUUACGAAUUUCCACAAGCCGGGUUAGCUCCUGUAACUUGUAAUAAUGGAACCUGGACACUCAUACCACGAUGCGUUCCAGCCAGGUGUAAACAUAUGCCUAAAGCACCUAAGAAUGGUAUGGUGAUAGCUCCAAAAAUGGACCAUGGCAUGAAAGCGCGUUUUCAAUGCAAAGAUGGGUUCCAACUUAAAGGAAAUACAGAUCCACCAUUUGAACUUGUUUGUUCUUUUGGAAAUUGGACCGGUGAACCUCCUACGUGCCAAGAAGUAUACUGCCCAUUCCCUGGAUAUAUAGAAAAUGGUAAAGUUUUGCUGGUUGGUAACAUGGGCUUGUAUGACUACAGGCCUUACGUGCGAAAGGUCAUCAAUAAUAAGCAAAUCAUGUACGAUUGUGAUAAAGGGUAUGUACUAAGCGAAAGAGGGCCUCCAGGAGCUACAUGCAUCGGAGGAAAUUGGAGUCCAAAAGAAUUACCAAGUUGCCUUCCUGGUCAGCAUCCACGUUUGCGUUGGAGUAGAAAGAGACGAUCCCUCGUCAGUAGACGACGGCGAGUUCUUUACAUGAAAUACUUAGCAAUGAAAAACGGACUUUUCAAAAAACCACUUGCCCAAGAAAAUGCAGAAUCUAAUGAAGUUACACAGAGAAAACGCAGAGACACUCAUCGGCAUUCAGAUUCAUCAAAAUCAUUGGUUUCUGAUAUUUUUUUAAGGCAUAAUAGAAAUUUAAAACGACGAUCAGGUCAUAUAUCGAAAGGCGAAGGUCCCUCGCAUCAAGAUAGAGGAAACGGUCAACAAAGGCCAAAACCAGGGUCACAUCAGUCAAUAAUGGAUUUUGUGCCUUCGAGGAUGGAAAGAGCGCUUCAACGCGAAAGUUAUAGAGGUACUUCUCAUAAAGAAGAUGGCAAGAGGAGUAACAGGAGGCAAGGAGGCGGAGCAAACCAAACAUCGCUAACUGUUCAUCCUGAUGGAAGGGAAGAAUCUGUUACAAAAAAGCCGAAAAGUAAAGGACCUUGUGAGGCAUUAUCGUCAGAACCGUAUGUAAAUAUUGAAAUAGUUCGAACUGGACGAGAUCCCAGUAUUCCAUAUAGCACGGGUACGGUGGUUCGUAUGGCUUGUGGUAAAGGCUAUGGCUUGAAUAUUAAACCAGCAGACGCCACUGCUAAGUGUGUCAGGGGCCGUUGGAAACCUGCCAAGCCCAUGUGCUUAAUUUUACCCUGUAUUGUACCGACUACGCCAUAUGGCAUCUACUCGCUUUCAACUGCUGGUUCUUCUACUUUGGGAAACUGGACAGUUCUUCAACCCAAUGAAGAAGUUGGUAAUGGACAAGUUGUUGAAUUUUCAUGCGAAACAGGAUUUAGCACACAAGGUCCUAAUAAUAUGAGAUGUUGGCAUGGUGAUUGGACCGUGUCUAGUCUACCAGAAUGUAUACCUGGACCAUGUCAAUUACCAGUUGCACCAAAUGCCCAGUAUAUGGGCGGAUACAGAGCAGGAUUGACAAUAGCACAUGGAUCGUCUGUGACAGUACACUGUGAAGGAAAUUCUUCAAAUCCAAUUACCUUGAGCUGUGACUACGCUGCUUUAACUCCAGCUACAAUACAAUGUCGUCUUCCAGAAAUUGCCAAAGAUAUUCCAGAUGAAUUUUUAGGAGGUUCAGACAUUGUAAAAGGCGGUGAAAUGAACGUUUUUGGAGAAACUGAUGGACGACCUUGUGGACCACCAGCUCGAGUGCAUGGUUCCGUCAUAUAUAGGGAUGGUGAACCCUUGGACGAAGAAAGUGCAGCCAAUGCUUAUCCAGCUGGUACUGAAAUGACUUUUAAUUGUAUAGCCAGCGUUUUAGGAGAACGCACUACUUGGAGAAUAGUUUGCGAAGAUGGUAGUUGGGUUGGCAGAUCUCUCAAUUGCGAUGGAGAUGAUAAAAUAGACCACACGCCGGUCUUGAGUAAUGGCUCUUGUGUUUUCCGCAAUAAUGAGCCACACGUAGUGUCUUUCUAUAAUGAUCAAGAAAUUCGCGAUGAAGUUGUAGAAUUUGCUCCGGGAUCGGUUCUUGUAUCAAGAUGCGUUGAUAUAGGUAAAUACGCUAUGAUAGGCAGUAGCAGACGGAGAUGCAUUGGAGCUGGAGAAUGGGAUGGGCAGAAACCUGCUUGUUUUGGACUGAACCAGGAAAAUGAUUAUGCCAUGGAGAAGCCACCAACUAUCUUAUUCCGGCACCAACUAGGACCAAUUGCCCAGUCCAAUGACGGUCGAUUAAUAGUCUAUCCUGGGACAAUUUUGCACAUGGAGUGUUUAUGGAUGAGACGUUUUGGUAAUCCCAAGUGGACCGUCAGUCAUGAAUACAGGAAAUAUCCAGAAGGAUGGUCGACGGAUCCUGGUCGAGAUGCUCAAUUAGAAUAUCGUUUAAGUAUCUAUCAUGCGGCUCGAGAUGAUUCCGGGUUAUUUACUUGCGUUACGCCUGCGAGGCACACUCAUUCCGUGGAAAUAGUUGUUAAAGCUGUCCACUGUCCCGUGAUGCCAACAAGAAGAGGAGUUGCCAUCAACACGGCGGCUACGAGAAUGGGAACCAAACUUCAAUUAUCUUGUACAAACGGAAACACGAUGAUCGGCGCUUCCGAAUUGACUUGCCUGCCGAGCGGAAACUGGAGUGCGCCGUUUCCCGUCUGCGAAAGCACAGAAUGUGGAGAAGUACCAAUGAUACCAACCAACGCGUCUUCUCCUCGAGUUUCUGUUUUAUCCCGAGAAGUUGGCGGCAGUGCUUUGUUUUCAUGUCCUGCAGGAUACGGAAUCCGCGGACCACAGGAAGCAGCCUGCUUACCAGGAGGCGAAUGGUCUCAACCAUUUCCAAUAUGUGUCGAAGUUCAAUGUGAAAAUCCUGGUUCUCCUCUGCACGGUUAUGCCCAAGGUACAGGUCCUUAUAAAGCUGGAGACGUGGUUCAAUUCAACUGCAAUCCUGAAUUCAUGAUGCAAGGACAACCUAUAAUAGCCUGUCAAGAAAGUGGAAGAUGGUCAGGUCCGGUACCGCAAUGCGUCCAGGCUUGUUCAUAUCCAGGAACUGCUAUCAGUGGAAGGAUGUCUUCAGUGAAAUUUUAUUACAGGAUAGGUGAAACUGUUACCUUUACCUGCGAUCCUGGUUUGCAAUUGAGAGGUGCCAGGAUGUUGAGAUGUUUGAGGAAUGGUAAAUGGUCGAAUGCAAUACCAACUUGUGCACCUCCUGAUCAAAAGGAAAAUUAAAUGGUUUGGUCAAUAAGUAAUUAGCGUAAGUAGAUAAAGAAAUCAAUAUAAUUAGUUUUGUACAGGUAUUUAUCAUAAUUCAUUAGGCGAUAAUUGAUAGUUCGGUUCUUCUAUAAGUUACACAGCUUGAUCAAAAUUUUAGUAGACUCCACAAACAAAUAGAU